AACAAACUAAAAUAUUUCACAAAAUAUUAUUUCUUUUUGCACAAAAUUACUCGUUAAUAUUUAUCAUACGUGUUUUUGAUUUUUAUAAAAUAUGGAUAUAAUACCAAUCGUAGGAAAGUCGUCGACCAGUGUUGAAAGCGAUACUCCUGAACCGUUAAAGAUAACUGACGUAAAUCAUUUAAUCGGAAAAAAAAGACGAAAAUCGCCGUCACCAACGGAUUUCGAGGUUUUAAAGAAACAAAAAGGAAGUUCUCAGAAAUGCGGGGAAGAACAACCGCGUAAGCGUUUGUGAUUCUUUAUUACAAUAUUAUUUUCGCUCAUUACUGUACACAACGAUCGCAGUGUUACUAAAUACUAUUUUCAUAAGUAUGUAUACAUUAGAAAUUGCAUUUUUGUAAUUUUUGAAUUAACAAUUGCAAACAAUUUAGAGCAUCAGUCGAUAUUAAACUUGUUUGGGUUCUUAGUACCAAAUAAUUAUACGGGUGGGCAUAGCAAUAUUUUCGAAAUCGGGUUGCAAAAUUGACUAUUUAAAACUACGUCCUGCAAGUUUGUAAUGCGUUUUCUAAAAUUUGCAGGAUUAGUAGUAUCUUCUACGCGCAGUCUUACGCAUGUGUCCUACAACCCGGCAUCAUCUUCGUAUGUAUCUUUGAUAGUGCUUUAUAAGUUUCGAAUUAAAUAAUACGAUUAUUCGCACAGGUACAACCCCAAUGCGUCGCCGUCGGACGCGAGUACACGACAUUCGGACUCCGAACAGGUACUCAUAUCAAGCGAUUCGACGAGUGGUGACUCCGAUGAUGAAACAGAUGGUGUGACGUCACGUUCGUCCGGUUCGUCAUCAUCGCCGUGAGUAUCUUUGAUAUUAUGGUAACUAAUAGUGUUUAAUAUUAUUAAACAUACCUACUAUAAAAAAAAAAUUAAUAAUAUUAUUAUUCGCAGUUGGUUAAAUAUUUUUUAUAAUAACCAUCGAAUUAAAUAACACGAUUAUUCGCACAGGUACAACCCCAAUGCGUCGCCGUCGGACGCGAGUACACAACGUUCGGACUCCGAACCGAUACUCAUAUCAAGCGAUUUGACGAGUGGCGACUCCGAUGAUGAAACGGAUAGUGUGAUGUCACGUUCAUCCGGUUCGUCAUCAUCGUCGUAAGUAUCUUUGAUAGUAACUAAAAAUGUUCAAUAUUUUUAAAAAUACUGUAAACAAAAAUUAAUAAUUUAUUAUUCUCAGUGAUUCGGAAAAUGACGUCGACGACGAUGCUAAAACGAUAAGUAUUUUUUCUCAUGAACUAUCACGUGCGUUGAGUCCGGCGUCAACGUCGUAAGUAUAUUUUUAUAGUGUCAUAAUUAAUAAUGUUAGAAAAUUUAAAAAAAAAAACCCGGUGUAGACAAAUCUAGACUUCAUCAAAUGUACAAUAAUACUUAUAGUUUUGAAAAUUUAGUUAAUAUUUUGUACCAUAAUUAAGUAUGAAAUCAAAUAAUAAUUCGUUUGUUCACUUAUAGGUGUAGCCCUACCCCAUCACAAUUCUAUAAUGGCAUACACCCCACGUAUGGAUCACAACAUUUUGAUGAGCCCAUAUACAUUUCGAGUGACGAUGAUAGCGAUGAAUAGUUUUACAUAGGCUCAUUGAUGG